AUGAGAAAAGGCCUACAUGAAAUGGACGAAGUUAUGGAUCAAUUUCGUACAGAAGAUGCUGAAGAAUUUAAACAUUUACAAGCAGAAUUGGAAAUGGCUGCUAAAAAUUGUCGAAUAUUACAAUUUAAAUUACGGAAAGCUGAGAAAAAAAAUGAAAAUGUAGAAGUUGAAAAGAGCACAAUGGAAGAUAAAUUAUUACAGUUAACACGUGACACCUCUCGUGUGAAAGAUUUAGAGGAAGAACUAUUGGUAGCAAAAGAAGUUAGUGUCCGUUUACAUGCUGAAUUAGAAAAAUCUGAAGAAUCGCGAAUAACAACAGAAAAAUUAAAUAUGGCACUAAAACAACAUUUAGAUUCAUUAAAAGAAUGUCUGGAUGAAAAAGUAGCGGAAAUAGCUGUUGAUGAACUAUCUGAUUAUAACUCAUGGCAUUUGGCCGUUAAUUUGUAUGAAUCAUUAUUUCGAGAAUAUGUUCUUAUGGAAGAAGUCAAUUGGCUGAAUAAUUCUGGUCGUCAAACAUCUGAUACUAGUCAACAACUAUCAGAAAUAUCUGAUCUACUCAAUUCUUAUCAACAAAAAAUAUCUUUACUUCAUCAAGAAAUUACGUUUCUUAAACAAGAACUUUCUGAUCGUGACAAAGAUUUGUCAGUGUUGAGAGUACAGUAUAAAAUAUUAAAACGUAGUCGAUCAGCUGAGAGUCAUUCAGUUGAAUCUUUAAAUCAAAAUUCCAGCAAUGGUAGAGGAAAACAGCGAGGUAUAAAUGGUACAAAUAGUGAAAAUGAUGAUGAUCAUCGUUCUCGACGAGGUGUCAGUGUUGAUAGUGCAUCAAAUCUACAAAAACAAUUAGAAUCGGCUGAAGAUGAAAUAAAAUUAUUGAAAAAUAAAAUGUUAAGAUUAGAAGAUGAAUUAAAUAAUUCCGUAUUGGAAAAAGAAAGUUUAUUGUUAAAAGUUGAAGAAUCAGCUAAAAUUAGUAAAGAAGAUAUAACUGAAGAUAUUCAAAUGUUUACAUCAAACAUUGAAAAAUUAUCAACAUUAUUGAAAGAGAAUCAAUCUGAUGAAAAAAUAAUCACCGAAUUACAAAAACUAUUAAGAACAUCAAGAUGGACGAAACAAAAUUCGGAAGAAACAUCCAAUUCAUUAUCCGAUGUCACUAAAGCGAGUCAAAGUUCAAAUGAAAUUCUUCAACAGGCAAAUAAUUUUCUUUCUAUUUUACAAAUAAAAAAAGAUACAUUGGAAAAAAUUCGUUAUCAUUUAUCAAAUAUACACUAUGAUGCAAAUGAUACAUGUCAAUUAAUCGAAGAAUUAGAACAAACAAAACAAGAAUUUGAUAUAAAACAACGACUUUGUCAAGAAUUACAGGUAACAGUUGAACAGUUACAAAAUAAUGUUAAAAAUGUUACAGAACAAUUGAAAUUAAAAACAAGUGAAUAUGAGGAAAAAUUAAAACAUAAUGAACAAAAAAUGAGAACUGUCGAUGUUAUUGAACAAAAGAAUAUUGAAAUUGAUGAAUUAAUGCAAGAUCAUCAGCGUCUACAAACAGUGAACGUCAAACUUAGUCACGAUAUGUCCGACAUGAAGAAACAACUCGAUCAAAUGAAACAGUCGAUAUUAACUUUUGAAAAAAAACUUGACAUUAAACAACAACGUGUAAAUGAAUUGUCAAUUAAAAUCAUUGAAAAAGAAGAUAUUAUUGAAACAAAAGUAAAAGAAUGUCAAAAACAUCGAUUAGAAUUAAGAGAAUUAGAAUCUAAAUAUUACAAUUUGGGAAAAGAAUUGGAAUUACAGAUAACAGCAAUGACAAAAGAGAUAGAAAAAAUGAAUGUAGAAAAAGAAAUGUUAAAAUUUGAUUUGGAGUCAUUAAAAAUUAGUACAGCACACAAUCAUCAGCAACCACAACAUUUAGUACAAUUAAAAGAGGAUAAACACUUAUACGAGAAUGAUGAAAUUCUCCGUGUUAAAGAAGAAUGUCGUCAAGCAAUGUUUGAUUCGGAAAUCGAAUCUUAUAAAACGCGUGUUAAUCAAUUGACGAAAGAAAAAGAUGAAUUAAAUUUAACAAUUGAUGAUGUUGAACGAAAAUUCAAAGAAUUACAGCAAAAAUAUGACGUUAGUGAACAAUCAUGGAAUCGAUCGAAAACCGAUAUGCUUGAUAAACAACGAAAGCAUGAAGAAAGUAUUAAAAUGCGUCAUGAAUUACAGAAUGCUGUUGAUCGUUUACGUCAAAAGUUAUUUGAUAUUGAAGUUCAUUCUCAAGAUAAACAAAAUCGAUAUACAAUCGAAAAAAAUAGUUGGGAUUUACAAAAAUUGGAAUAUCAAAGUAAAAUUAAUGAGCUUGAAGAACAGUUAAGUAAAGUAACAAAACGUCAACGAAAAGAUUUGGAAACAACGUGGAAGAAAGAACGAACAGAUUUACACAAAUCAUUACAACAAACACAACAAUUGUGUAAAGAUUUACAAAAACAAAUUAAUAAUAAAGAAGUUCCAAUUCAUUUAACGGAAAAAAUUAAUGUUUUAAUGACAGAAAAUGAGUUAUUAAUGGCCAAGAUAAAAGAGCUUGAAGUUGUCGUCGAUGAUGUUGAAUUAGUAAAAACUGAAGUUCAACGUUUACGCGAUAAAAACUCAUCCGACUGGCAUUAUUGGCGUAAACAACAAAAUGAGCUAUAUGCACAAUUGAGUCAACAUGAACGAACGAAAAAUGAAAUUUUGCACAAAUUUGAUAAACUACAUAGAGAAGUAAGAGAUCAACAAAUGAACAGAAAAAGUACAGAUAAUUCUGAUCGUUCAAUUCGUGAACAAAGUUUACCUUUAUCGUUAAAUAGUUUUCAACCGUCAAAAAGUUCCUUGGGGGAUGGAGGCGUUCAUGGAAAGACUUCAUCAAUAUCAAAUUAUAGUCGUGAAACAUUGGCAGAUGGUGAUAAUUCUAGUCAUAUUCUAGAUUAUGUAGCACCUUCUACAGAGUCUCCACAUGAACAAGACACAUAUCGAGAGAUUGUUGGUCAUAUUGAUGAUGAAGUGAAUAGUAGUAUAACAAAACAAAAAUUAUUUUCAAAAGCGUACCAAGCACAAGAAAAUGUGUGUAAUAGUUUAGAAGAGAUUGCCAGUAAAAUUGAUAAAGUAGAAGAGAAUCUAUUUUCAUAUAGAAGAUUUAUGGAUUUUAUACAGAUUCGAGCUAAAUCCGAAAAAAGUUCAAGUGUCGUUCGAGAUGAUAGUUUCAACGAUCUAUACCGCCGUCAACAGGACAAUAAUAAACAACGUUUAGCAUCUGCACCGCCGGAAAACAACGCCAAUAGUGGAGUAGGACGUCGUUCGCGUUUUGAUCGAUUAGAUGAUCAAAAUCAACAACAAGACUCUAUAUCAUCGAACGAAAUGACGAAUUCCACCAUUGUUAAUGGCUCGUCAGCUACUCCCAGUAAAAAUCGUUUCUUUUCUUUAAGUCGACGAUUUCGUUUUCGUAUCGGUUCACCGGAUUCUUCAUUAUCUGCUAAACCUCCUUGUUCUCGCGGAAAUAAUGUUCAUUUUCUCGAUGAAGAUAUCGAUAUGGAAGAUCCUCAACAUCCCAUUACGAAAAAAGAUAAAGAAUCACGACCUUCAAAAGGUAUUUUAAAAACAUUAAGACAUCGUUCACCAUUUCGUUUUCGAUCAAAAGAUGCAAUUAUCACGGAACAAGAUCUUCCGAGUCCAAUAGCAGAGACAGCACACGAAACUUCACCAGAACCAAAGUCAUUACCUUCAAGUAAAUCAAAAGCAACGAUAACAGUGACAAAAAAUAAACGUUUAGUUGAAUUAAAACCUCCUUCUACAAUCACGGCGCCUAAUCUAAAACCAGUUAGUAAAACAAAAAUAUCAACGACAAAUGGUACAACAAAUACAAAAACUCGUCAAAAAGACGAGACUGAUGAACAACGUCAUUCGUCUAAUUCGAGUUUAUUACGACGUACUUCUGGUCUUAAAGACUUAAUUCAUAAAUUUGAAAAAUCAGAAGAUGGUUCAAAACCUGCAAAACCAAAACGUGUCACAAUCGACAUUAACGUCAAAGAAUGUGAUCAACAAACAACAUUAGUGAAAAAAGCUGUCAGUUAUUCUGAUUUACAAAAUGGUGGAAAUGAUGAACAACAAGACGAACGUCGACGUGCUCCACCUCUAACAAAUAAAGCAAAAACAAUUGAUAUUCCUGAUCUUUUACGAAAUGUUGAAAAAGAACAUACACCAAAAUUAGAGGUGACCACAGCAACAUCAGAUAAUAAACUAUCAGCAUCAAAAAAGUCAGUCAAUCGGCAACAAUCACUUAAUUCUUCAAGUAGACAGACAUCAGUUGAAUCAGCUAGUUCACAAAGUAAUGCCACUGAAGCAGGAGGAAUAACUAGUGAACGACGAAAAUGUACAUCAACAGCAAGACCGUUAAUGUUAUCUGUAGUAAGUAUUCCAUCUAAAGAAUUAAAUAAAUAG